GUUUGUCGGCGCCCGUUGCAAAAAAGGCCAACGCCCCACCGUUGAGGAAACGAAGAGGAAGAAGGUGACCACACACGGAGGGCAGCACUCGAGGAACUGCAGUGAGUGAGUACCCCUGCGUCCCGGCCGUCCGCACCAGUCCACCACGCCAGCCACGAUGGGCGGCGACAGUGCGGCCAUCGAGAGCACCACGCCGUCUUAUCCGUCGGUGGACUGGACGUGCCUCGACGAGGAGUAUCUGAAGAAGCGGCACCGCACCUACCAGAGCGCCCUCUUCGACAGCACACACUGGGACGACUGGAAGCCGCGCGAUACUGACGUCAUCGUUGCCACGGCUUACAAGGUACGUGUAGUAGUGUGUGGGCAGGGAAAGGGGAACGGCAGAUGGUAGUCGUGUUAUGGUUUGGUUUGUGUCUGUCUGUCGGUCGAUUGCCAUACCAUUUGGCCAGAGUGGUACGACGUGGAUGCAGCAGAUCAUCAACAGUCUGGUGUUCAAGGGCGAGGACCCCCCCGGCAACCAGGCCAUCAGCGACAUCUCGCCGUGGGUCGACAUGAGGGUGCCACCGAGGGAGGUCAAGAUGCCGUCCGUCGAGGCGCAGACGCACCGCCGCGUCCUCAAGUGCCACCUCCCCUCCGACGCACAGCCCAUCUAUCCCGAGGUCAAGUACAUCUACGUCGGACGCGAUGGCCGCGAUGCCUUCAUGUCGCUCGCCAAGUGAGAGCCCUGGGAGACGGGGAGGGAGGGAAGCGUGACAAUGUGUGCUGCGCUGUGUGUGUGUGUGUGUCAGCCACUGGAAGUCUGGCAAUGACAACUUCUACGCGGGCAUCAAUGGUGCGCCGGGUCGUGUGGGGCCCCCCAUGCCACGAUGGACCGACUUCCCCGGACUCGACGAGUCGAAAUGGUCAGCCAACAGGCAGCGACACCACACCACGCCACGCCGCGCGCACACAGAGUGUAUGCUCAUGCUCAUCUCUGUGUGUCGGUUGUCUGUUCAGGUUUGACUUGUGGCUGACCAAGGGGUGGUCCACACUGCCCUGGUACGCACACACACCUACACACCCACCCACCCACCCACACACAUAAACACACACGUGACUCAUCUCACCUGUUGCCCUUGUCGGGUGUGUGUGUGUGUGUGGUUUAGGGAGGAGGACGGCUGGCCGUUUUGGUCUCUGUUCACCAACAUGGAGUCGUGGUGGCACCUGCGUGGCCUGCCCAACGUGCUCUUCGUCCACUUCAACAACCUCAAGCAGGACCUCCCCGGCGAGAUGCGACGCAUCGCCCAGUUCCUCCAGAUCCCCAUCGACGAGGCCAUCUUCGACAAACAGGUACACACGCACACACACACACACGCACGCACGGCAGAUGGUCUCAUGUGUGUGUGUUGGAAGGUUGAGCGCUGCACGUUUGAGUGGAUGAAGAAGAACGGCGACAAGAUGGCCCCGGGAGGCGGCGCCUUCUGGGGCAAAGACGCCAAGGAGGGCGGCAAGGUCUUCAUCAACAAGGUAAGCUAGCGACUCACACCACACCCCACACCCCACAGUCCUUCCCACACAUGUCGCUUCGUCUGUCGCUGGUUGCCAUCUUCGUUCAGGGCACCAAUGGCCGGUGGAGGGACGUGCUGACCCCCGAGCAGGUGGCCGCCUAUGAGGCCAAGGCGGCCGCCCUGCCGGAGAGCUGCGGCCACUGGCUGGCCACGGGCGAGUUCCUCCCGGGAGACAUCGGCGCCAAGCUCGUCGAGGGCAAGUACAAGGCUCCCGCCGAGGGCGGUGCCAAGGACGGCAGCAGCAAGCUCUUCAAGCCGCUGGCCGGCCCCAUCGCACUCACAUGGCCAUUCGACGUGUGCGCCUCCUGCAACGGCCGGCCGACGUCAUCCAAGUCAUCCAAAUCAUCGUCCAAGUGAUCUGAUCCACACAGAUGACGGCGAGGUGGAGAGGGUGGCUUGUGAUGGUGUGUUUGGGGGUGGGGGGGUGGGUGUUGGUCGUCGUGGGGUGGCAGGGGUGCUGUUGAUGUGAUGUGCCGUGUGGUGUUCGGUGUUGACGGACGUGCUGUGUGAGCGUCACUUGUUGAUGGCUGCGUGUACAGUACAACACAAUGGUUGCUUGGUGCGCCCUGCUGCCUACCUGCGUGUGUGCCUGCGUUCCUGUGGUGUGCACCCCACAGACACCCAAAUGGUUUUGGCUGGCUGGCUUGAUCCAUCCCAUCUAUCUGUCGUCGGUGUUUUGCCCGCCCGAGUGGUCUUGACUUCUUAACUUUAUGACACAGCACGACAGACAGACAGACACAGCGCAGAGAGGAGAGGAAGACGACAUGGAGGUGGCACAGAAAGUAUUUUGCCUUCCCUCAGGGCAGGGGGCAGAGCUGACAAGCCACCAGAGAGAAGGCCAGGCAACAAGACGAAAAUAACACUACACACGCAGCUUUUGCUUCUGGGUGCGUGCGCGUGACAUGUGUGUGCCCACUGUGAUGUGCCUCAUGUCCACGUGUGACCUUUUCUCGUCGCUUCUGGUAACGUUUCUUCUCUCUGUCGCGUGUGGCGAGAGCCGUUGCGAUGGGCGAUGAGAAGAAAAGGCCACACACGGACAGACAGACAGACAGACAGAGAGAAAGAGAGAGUGGCAUGCUCCCUUGCCGUGAUGCCCUCGGUCUCUGGCAGCUGAUGGUCUCAGCCCCAGUGUUGUCACAUCCCAUUACCGGCGAUGCGACGGCUCUAGGAAAAGAUCAUCAGAUGCAGCUGAGACCGAGGCACCGUGCAGAGAGGGAGCCGAGGAUGAGAGCCAGCCGAGUUAGAUGUGUUGUCUUAUCCGAUUGUGGUUGAGAGAGGAGAGAGAUGAGAGCAGAUGAGAGCACUUGGGCGUGCGACGGAUGCGGUGCGAUGGGACUGGCGCGUCACCUGCGGCUUGAUCGAUAGGCGGGUCGACCCGCCGUGGUUGUCUAGAUGGUCCCGUUCUGUGUGUGCUGAGUGAGAGAGACAUGACUGAUGUGGAUCGUGCCGUGCCUGUCAUGACCACAGAGAGACCGCCCUGGUGUGUUGGUGUUGGUGUGCGCGGAAUUGUGUACCUACCGACCGACAUUGCGAUGUCCGUCGUGACGCUGUGCCGAUGUCAUGGUGCUGUGUGUGGAUGGAUGGAUGGAUGUGUGUAUGUGUGUGCUGCAGUGCGUGUGGCUGUUUUGUCCUGCCUGUCGAUAGCUAGCUGAUGUAAUGACUGACAUACCAUACACACACAGAGGGGAGAGGGGAGAGGGGAGGUUGAUUGGUUGUUACUGCAGGCUGCGUGUACUUAUCACUGUCUUGUCUGUCUGUCUGACAUAUCCCUCUCAUCCUAUCCCUCUUGUACAGCACAGAACAGCACAGCACAUUCAACGGCGCACGGCACGGUCGCUUUAUCGACCGGCCGACGGACGCUUACUGCUGCUCUUACCUGUUGUCUAAACACGACUGGCUGGCUCAUCUCAUCUCAUCUGUGCCUCCCUCGGUGGGUUCUGGUGGUUUAGCUCGUUUCGCCUGAUCGGAGGGAGGGGAGGGCCUGCCAGAUCAGAUAAAUGAGUGCAGGUGUUCCCUCCCGACGGUCUGUCUGGGCGGGCACUGUGCGAACCACCACUGUCGCUGGGCAGGGCACACUGUGUGGCUGCCUGUCUGUCUGGUUUGUGUGGUGGUGAGGUAUACAGACACACCGCAAAUGGAUGGAAUUAGAUACCAGACUCGCGAGAUGUUCAAUGCUAGCAGCACCC